GUCUUUGUAGGCUCGUCCUCCUCACCAGCAGCAGGACGCCAAAGCAUCAUGGCUGCUCUGGGCAUCACCAUCGCCCUGCUGGCGUGGAUGGUCAUCCUCCUGCUCGUGUCCGUCUGGAAGCAGAUCCACAGCAGCUGGAACCUGCCCCCAGGACCUUUUCCACUGCCCAUUAUCGGGAAUCUUCUCCAGCUGGAUCUGAAGGAUAUUCCCAAGUCCUUUGGCAGGCUGGCAGAGCGCUUUGGGCCGGUGUUCACUGUGUACCUGGGCUCCAGGCGUGUUGUGGUUCUGCACGGCUACAAGGCGGUGAGGGAGAUGCUGUUGAACCACAAGAACGAGUUCUCUGGGCGUGGCGAGAUCCCUGCUUUCCGGGAGUAUAAGGACAAGGGGAUCAUUUUCAACAACGGACCCACCUGGAAGGACACUCGGCGGUUCUCCUUGACCACCCUCCGGGACUAUGGGAUGGGGAAACAGGGCAAUGAGGACCGGAUCCAGCAGGAGGCCCACUUCCUGCUGGAGGAGCUCAGGAAGACCCAGGGCCAGCCCUUCGACCCCACCUUUGUCAUCGGCUGCACACCCUUCAACGUCAUCGCCAAAAUCCUCUUCAACGACCGCUUUGACUACAAGGACAAGCAGGCUCUGAGGCUGAUGAGUUUGUUCAACGAGAACUUCUACCUGCUCAGUACUCCUUGGCUGCAGGUUUACAAUAAUUUUUCAAACUAUCUACAGUACAUGCCUGGAAGUCAUAGAAAAGUAAUAAAAAAUGUGUCUGAAAUAAAAGAGUACACGCUCGCAAGAGUGAAGGAGCACCAGAAGUCGCUGGACCCCAGCUGCCCCCGGGACUUCAUUGACUGCCUGCUCAUAGAAAUGGAGAAGGACAAACACAGCACGGAGCCCCUGUACACGCCGGAAAACAUUGCUGUGACGGUGGCGGACCUGUUCUUUGCGGGCACGGAGACCACCAGCACCACGCUGCGAUAUGGGCUCCUGAUCCUGCUGAAGCACCCCGAGAUCGAAGAGAAACUUCAUGAAGAAAUCGACAGGGUGAUUGGGCCGAGCCGAAUGCCUUCUGUCAGGGACAGGGUGCAGAUGCCCUACAUGGACGCUGUGGUGCACGAGAUUCAGCGAUUCAUCGAUCUGGUGCCCUCCAAUCUGCCGCACGAAGCCACACGGGACACCACCUUCCAAGGAUAUGUCAUCCCCAAGGGCACUGUUGUAAUCCCGACUCUGGACUCCCUUUUGUAUGACAAGCAAGAAUUCCCUGAUCCCGAGAAGUUCAAACCAGAGCACUUUCUGAAUGAGGAGGGGAAGUUCAAGUACAGCGACUACUUCAAGCCGUUUUCCGCAGGAAAACGCGUGUGUGUUGGAGAAGGCCUGGCUCGCAUGGAGUUGUUUCUGCUCUUGUCUGCCAUUCUGCAGCAUUUUAACCUCAAGUCUCUCGUUGACCCAGAGGACAUUGACCUUCACAAUAUUACGGUGGGCUUUGGCCGCGUCCCACCACGCUACAAACUCUGUGUCGUUCCCCGCUCAUAAACCCGAGGAAAGCACCCAGAAGACACCACUGUGUCUGUGCCCGGCCUGCAAGGCCCUGGGAACACGUCUCAUUACACGGUGCACUCUCUGUCUGUGUUCCCUGGUAAAAUAAAGAGUCAAGCCCA